UUUAUUUUUGAACAAAAUUUCUAAAAUUUUAUUGUUUUUCUUUUCUUCAAACUUGAACACUAUCUAAGCCGCUUCGAGAUGAAUGAACUGUAAAUAAAAACCCUAAUCUUUGAUAAACCCCUUUCCUUACCCUUCUUCUCCACCAGCCAUGGCGCUCCUUCUCCGCCUCAAAACAACAAGACUCAAGACCCACACGCACACUAACUCUCCUUCACUCCACCACCUCUUCUCCACCUCCAAUGCCGGCGGCGACGGCGGCGACGAUGGCAACAAACCUCCUUCCGACUCCUUCGUCGACGCUUUAAGGGAUCUCAGAAGCUCGCUCAAACGACAACCAACCUCGAACCCACCUUCCCGUCUCUUUUCCCCCAAUUCGCAACAGAGUGAAUACACCGGCGAAAUCAUGAGCAAAAUCCAGAGUUUCCGCACACCACUUCCCGAAGAUCCAUCUUCGUCUUCUCAGAAGAAGCAAAUCUCGUUUCAGGAUAUUUACAGCAAAAUAAGAAAUCGUUCAGGUGAUUCCGGAGAAAAUGCUGGUUCGGAAACUUCAAAACCCGCCACCGGCGGAAGAGGCGGUGCUAUGCCUAUUGAAGUUAUUCGCGGAAGCUUAAUGCAGCUCAAAGGUACGAAUCCAACACCGUCCUCGAGAUGGAGGCCUUCUCCAAGCUCCCCGUUGUUCAGUGGGACUAGUACUAAGCCGGAUUCGAUUUUCGGAAAAGAGUUUAGGGAAAGAUUAGCUAAGUCUAAUGAUCCUUCGGCGAGUUUGAAGAAUUUGGGUUCUGUUGGGAUAUACUCGCAUGAUGAGUUGGGUGAGAAAUUGAAGAAAUUGAGACCUCCAGUGAAAGGAAAAGAAUGGUUUUCAAUUGCUGAAUUGAAUGAGAGGUUGACGAAAGUGAGGGAGAUGGAUGAAAGUGAAGCUAAUUCCAGUUCCAGUGAAAAAGAUGUGUAUAACAUUUUGAAAGAGUCUGUUAAUCAUAUUAAAGCUAAAGAAGCUCAGAAGCCAAAGAUAGCUUCACUGCAGAGAGUUGAUUUUUUGUCCAUGAUGGGUGGGACUCCUUCCUACAUGACAAAGCCUCCUAAAGAGCAUCUUGUUGAAAAGUAUUUUCAUCCAGAUAACAUGUCCUCAGCUGAAAAGUUGAAAAUUCAACUCACGAAGGUUAGAGAUGAAUUUAAGAUGUCCGAGUCAGAUUGUGGCUCUGCUCGUGUUCAAGUUGCCACACUCACAACCAAGAUUAAGCAUCUAUCAUCAGUUCUACAUAAAAAGGAUGUGCAUUCUCGGAAAGGUCUGAUAGCAAUGGUUCAAAAGAGGAAAAAGUUGCUGAAAUACCUCAGAAGAACCGAUUGGGAUUCCUAUUGUUUUGUUAUCUCUAAGCUAGGUCUACGUGAUAAUCCAGAACAUACUUAUAAAGCUCGGACUGGCAAAUCCGGCGAUGUAGCCAAUUAAAUAAACCCCAGCAUAAACUAAUUGAAAAAAGGAAAAAAGAAAGAGCACCAGGCUGUUUUUAUAUAGUCUGAGUGUCCGACUAGCCAGGUCAUUUCUGGCUGUUUGUUUUCAACUGAAACUGGUGAAGUGGCUUAAGUCAAUGGUUUUCCAGAUUUGGCUUCUACAGCUAUGUUCCAUAUAUCAAUGGCUGAAGCAAUUUCUUGCCCAUUUUUUCUUUAUGUACGACUGAGAAUAAUAAUAUUGCUGUCAGCCCAUUAUAUUAUUUUUAUCAUAUCUGGUAACUGCUUAAUUUCCUAUA